GAGAGCGAGUGGUUAAUCAUUCUCCUUGUCUCCAUAUCUUAAUAAUCGGCAUAAGGCAACACUGGCUCCCUCCAUCUUACCUUCCCAGUGAGAGCAGCCAGUCAGUGUCUGGAUGCAGACCAUGCCGGCUGGACUGUGGUUCCCAGCCCUCCUGCUCCUCCUGAGUCAUGACGGCUCAGGGCAGAAGACAGAGGCACAUCUGGAGCCCGGCGCGUUCAGAGGGUCGGACCAGUACGACUUUGCCAUCGUGGUUCCAGCCUCCGGACGAGAGUGCUUCUGGCACUUUGCCCAUCAGAGUGGCAACUUCUACUUAACCUACAUGGUGCAGUGGGUGACAGGGAUUGCCAGUAACCACCAGCUCUUUGCCACUGUCACUGCCCCAGACGGCACCCUCAUGGCCUCUAGCAGCAACACCAUCGGACAGAUCCACUUCCUCACUGAGGUCACAGGUUUCUAUAAGAUGUGUCUGGGCAAUUACAACAAUAACUUUGGGGGAAUGAGAGUCUUUAUCAGUUUCGGAGUUUUCUACGAAGGCUUUGAGGAAGCCAGGAAGGAGACAGAAGAAGGAUACAGGGUCCUUAACAGCACUCUGUCCAACAUUGAGGAGAGCACCAAGAAGUUGCAAGGACAUAUUUACCAGAUGUGGAGGCUCUACAACUUUGCCCGAAUGAGGAGAGGAGCGGAUCACUAUCUCCUGCUCUCUAACUUCAACUACGUGACCUGGUGGUCCGUGGCGCAAAGCGCGGUCAUCGUCCUGGCAGGCUGCCUGCAGCUGUUCUUCCUGAAGAGGCUCUUCCACACAGACACCAAGAGACCGCGCUGCUAAGGCAUCUUGCGUCAA